AUGCCAGCAGACGCCUCCCAGGACGCGGGACACGGGUGUCCCCAGGGGGCGACGCUCAGCUGGGACAUCAACGACCCGCGGAUGCCCCCGAAGCCGGCCCACUUCGACCACUUCCGGGAGUGGCCCGAUGGCUAUGUGCGCUUCAUCUACAGCAGCACAGAGAAGAAGGCGCAGCGCCACCUGAGCGGCUGGGCCAUGAGAAACACCAACAACCACAACGGCCACAUCCUGAAGAAGUCGUGCCUGGGCGUGGUGGUGUGCGCCCGGGCCUGCGCCCUGCCCGAUGGCUCUCGCCUACAGCUGCGCCCGGCCAUCUGCGACAAGGCCCGGCUCAAGCAGCAGAAGAAGGUUUGUCCCAACUGCCAGUCUGCUUUGGAGUUGAUUCCUUGCCGAGGGCACAGCGGAUAUCCAGUCACUAAUUUCUGGCGCCUUGAUGGCAGUGCAAUAUUUUUUCAGGCCAAGGGGGUUCACGAUCACCCAAGACCAGAGAGUAAGUCAGAGACAGAAGCUAGAAGAAAUGCCCUCAAGAGACAGAUGGCCUCAAUUUACCAGGCCCAGAAAAAGAGAACUCAGGAACCUGAGGUAGGAGAGAAUCAAGAUAGCAGUGGACAUUUCAACAACACAUCUCUCCUGGAAAGUCCACAGCUGUUUGAUUUACUUCCUGACACCAGCUUCUCUAGUCCAGGGCAGACUUGCCCUUCCUUCCCAAAUUUGGAUGUUUACACAGCUCCCUGUGAUCUGGCCAGCUUUCAAGGGCACCUCACAUCCGCCUUCCAGAAAUAUCCAAACCCAAGCAUUUAUUGGCCCGGGCCACCUUACAGCUAUGACUUGGCAGGCCCUGAAUACCCAAGUCCAGGCCCAUAUCCCACCCUUUAUAAAGAUUCCACCAGCAUCCCUAGUGACACAGACUGGGUUGACCUUAACGCACUGCAAUAUAACAUCAGUUCCUACAGCAGCUAUGAAAGCAGCUUUGAUUUCACUGGUAAACAGUGUGGAUGGAAACCAGGCUUUGCAAAACUGGGCCUGGAGGAGCGGACUGAGCAUGGACAGCUCCAGGCCAUGGCCAGGUGCCCUUAUUACAACGCUGAGCUUCCCUGCAGAUACCUCGUGACGUCCUCCGCAGGUGGCCCCGCCCUGCAGACUGUGAUCACCACCACUACCAAGGUGUCCUACCAGGCCUACCAGCGACCCACUCUGAAACACAGUGGCAGCAUGCAGGAGGGUGGCAGCUUUUCCAGCUGCAGCUUUGCUUCUGAAGACGGCCUUGUGUCCAUCUGUCCCGAAGCCUUGGACGCCCCGUCUGGAAUCCCGAGGGCAGCCUCUCCUGUGGGGAGGGCGAGUUUGAAAAUCCCAGGGGAUUUCUGGGUCAACAGACCCACUGCGGCUUUUCCUCAAGAGGCAGCUGCCUCCAGGACAGACGGAGCAGACCCCUGGGAUGUGUGUCUGCCUGGGCUGGGAUCUGAGAUCAGUUUCUCAGACAGAGUGGGUCUGCUCUUUAGUUACGACAGUGAGGACUUCUGAUCGACCCUGGUCGUGCUGUGAUACUGGUGUGCACGCAGGAGGUGAAAUGCA